GAGGGUGGUGCGUUCCCGCAGCAACAGGGAAGAUGGCAGCGCUCACAUCUCUCAGCCAGAUGUCAAGCGGGAGCCCUGUCUUUGAGAACCUUUACAGACAGGUGGAUCCAGGGAACACCGGCAGGGUAGGACCAACAGAAGCUGCCCUCUUCUUGAAAAAGUCGGGACUUCCAGAUGUCACGCUGGGAAAGAUUUGGGAUUUGGCCGACCCAGAUGGUAAAGGCUACCUGGACAAGCAGGGCUUCUACGUGGCUCUGAGGCUUGUGGCGUGCGCGCAGAGCGGCCAUGACAUCAGCCUGUCCAGCCUCAACGUCACCGUCCCGCCCCCCAAGUUUGUGAGUCCCACUCUCAAACCCGGACCACCCUCUGACUUGAGCACGCUGAAAAGAGAACCGUUGUCGUUUCAGAAGGACACCGGCAGCCCCUCCCUGGGCGGCUCCACAGAAGCUCACUGGGCCGUCAGGCCGGAGGAGAAAAGCAAAUUCGAUGGGAUCUUUGAAAGUCUGUCGCCGAUCAACGGCCUGCUGUCGGGGGAGAAGGUGCGACCCGUCCUGAUCAACUCCAAGCUGUCUCUGGACAUCCUCGGGAAGGUGUGGGACCUGAGCGACAUCGACAAAGAUGGACACCUGGACAAGGACGAGUUUGCCGUGGCCAUGCACCUGGUGUACCGGGCCCUGGAGAAGGAGCCUGUCCCGGUCCACCUGCCCUCCACCCUCAUCCCUUUGUCCAAGAGGAAAAGGAGCCUGGGUUCGGUGGGUGGGGGCGCGCCCUCUCUCCCCGCCAGCCCCCCGCCCCCCAAAGACUCCCUGCGCUCCACGCCGUCACACGGGAGCAUGAACUCCCUGAACAGCACGGGCAGCCUGUCCCCCAAACACUCCCUCAAGUCUGGACAGCAUUCCCUCAACUGGGUGGUCCCGGUGCCAGACCGCGGUCGCUAUGACGACAUCUUCCUGAAAACGGACGCCGACCUGGAUGGCUUUGUGAGCGGACUGGAGGUGAAGGAGAUCUUCAUGCAGUCUGGACUCUCCCAGGGCGUCCUCGCACACAUUUGGGCUCUGGCCGACACCAGGCAGAUGGGCAAGUUGACCCGGGAGCAGUUCUCCCUCGCCAUGCAUCUCAUCCAGCUGAAGGUCAGCAAGGGUGUGGACCCCCCUCAGACUCUGACGGCCGACAUGAUCCCACCUUCUGAGAGAGGAACUCCAGUCCCAAGCAUGUCGGGGUACCUGACGCCAGUGGGAUCAGAAAUAGCCGCGCUGUCGGAGAUGAGGAGGGCCAUAAUGUUCAAGUUGUGGGACAGUUCCAGCUCGGUGGGUUCAGGCGAGUUUACGGGCAUCAAGGAGCUGGACGACAUCAGCCAGGAGAUCGCCCAGCUGCAGAGCACUCUUGCCUUUACCCAGUGGAAUACUAUCAGGGAGAAGUACACUCUGGAGCAGGACAUCAGGGAGGCAGAAGAGUCCAUCAGGCAUAAGAGUGCUGAGGUGCAGGACAUGCAGAACGAGCUGGACCGAGAGACGGCGUGUCUGCAGGAGCUGGAGGCGCAGAAACAGGACGCCCAGGACCGCCUGGAGGAGAUGGACCAGCAGAAACACAAACUGGAGGACAUGCUGAAUGAAGUCCAGAUGAAAUGUCAGGAGGAGUCUCAGAUGAUCUCAACACUCCAGAGUCAGAUCCACUCUCAGGAGUCGGACCUGCAGAACCAGGAGGAGGAGCUGAGCCGGGCCAAGGCCGACCUGGGCCGGCUGCAACAGGAGGAGGACCAGCUGGAGCAGAGUCUGGCGGCGGGCAAGAUCCAACUGGAGACCAUCAUCAAGUCCCUGAAGGCUACGCAGGACGAGAUCAACCAGGCACGCAGUAAGUUGUCCCAAAUCCAGGACAGCCAACAGGAAGUCUCCAAAAGCAUCGAACAGUACAACAGCACCCUGAACGGGACCCACGGCGGCAGCAUGACCAACCUGGCCGACAUGAGCGAGGGGUUCAGCGAUAGAGAAAACGGAGCCUUCAGCACGUCUUCCCAGGAGGAUCCAUUCAAAGUCAAGCCCUCAGUCUUCAACAACCAGCCUCAAGAACUUCACACCGACCCCUUCCACUCCGAGGACCCUUUCAGGGCCGACCCUUUCAAAGGUGACCCUUUCCAAAAUGACCCCUUUGCAAAGCCGCCAGCAGCGCCUGCAGAUCCCUUUGGAGGCGACCCCUUCAAAGAGACAGACCCCUUCAAAGCAUCCUCUGAAGAUUUCUUCAAGAAGACCACAAAGUUGGAUCCUUUCGGCGCGUCAGACCCCUUCAGCAAGAGUGCCACCUUACCUUCCAAGCAGCAAAUCAGUCACUUCACAAGCAGCGACCCCUUCUCUUCCAGCAAUCCCAAAUCCAAAGGAGCAGACCUGUUUGGCGCUUUGGAUCCCUUUGGCAGCGACUCGUUCAGCAGCAGUAACAGCUCGGCCGGCUUCGCGGACUUCAGCCACAUGUCCAAGCCCAGAGACCCGUUGGAAGGCCGCGCCAGCUGGCUGCCGGACUACCAGAAGGGGGCCUUCGUGGACGACCCGUUCGGGAGAAAGAACGACACGCCUGCGCUGCCGCCCAAGAAAGGGGUUCCUCCCAGGCCAAAACCCCCCAGUGGUAAGACGACCCCAGUCAGCAUGUCAGGAGAACCCUCCAAACCAUGUGACCCCUUCCAGCCGUUCAGCAGGGAUGCCGUGGACCCUUUCCAGAGUAAAAAAGUCUCAGGAGACCCUUUUCAGCGGCAAAGACCCUUUCGCUCCAUCCCUAGCAUCAAGGCCCGACAAAGCCAAGUUUGGCAACGAGGCGCAGCAGCUGGAGUGGGCCAAGCGAGAGAGCGAGCGGGCGGAGCGCGAGCGUCUGAAGCGUCUGAGGCAGCAGGAGCAGGAAGACCUGGAGCUCGCCAUCGCCCUCAGCAAGGCCGAGAUGUCCAACGCGUGACCGGUAGCUCGUCCCCGCCGGGUGGUCUCCGUGACCGAAUAUUCACACCAGAACAUAGACUUUGAGUUCAUGGGCGCUCACACGCGUACACACACACACACACACACACACGUAAUGAAGGGAGAAGAAAUAAGCAGAGCAGGUUGAGGACAGGUCACCAGUAGGAACUCUGUGGGACGGAGAAGAAGCCGGCGAUGCGUUCACUGGACCAAGCGUUGUUAGCGUCGCCGCUCAGUGACUCUGGACAGAGUUAAAGAUAGCAUCUGGGACCGCGUGGUUCUGGUGCUGCUAAACGCUCCAGACUGACUUUGAUUUAUAGUUCAGACUAGGCGCUCAUCUUCUAGAACCUCAAGUACACCACGACCUGGGUUUUUUGUUUUUGCUGGAGAACUCAUCAUUAACAAUUCACUGUGACGAGAACGUUCAAAAUGCUAACUGGGACGAUGCUGUGGUUCUGGUCGCUCUUGCCCUUCAGGUGGCUCCAAAUGCUGCGGCUUUUUGCUUUUUUUUUAGCUUUUAUUUCCAAGCAAGGACAGAAGAGAAGUUCAAGUAGCAACGAUAGUCACACACACACACACACACACACACACACACACACACACACACACUAAGUGUGGCGAAAUCAUUCUCUGCAUUUGAACCAUCGCCCUUGUUCACCCCCUGGGAGGUGAGGGGAGCAGUGAGCAGCAGUAGUGGCUGCCCCCACGAGUCAUUAUUUGGUGAUUUAACCCCCGAUUCUAACCUUUGAGUGCCAAAUGGCUCCCAUUUUUAUAGUCUUUGGUAUGACUCGGCCGGGGUUCGAACUCACAACCUACCCACCUCAGGGCGGACACUCUAGCCCAGGGGUGUCCAAACUUUAUCCACUGAGGGCCGCACACUGAAAACUCAAAGCAAGCGGAGGCCAUUUAUUUUUAAAAAUAAUAAUAUUUAUGUAUAAAAAAUAUACAUUUAGGCCUCCACUCAGGCUUGAUCUUAGGGACCCCAAAGGGUUUUGCUCAAAAAAAUAUUAAAAAUGAGUCAUUAUUCAGUAUUAUUUUUUUAUUAUUCAAGAUUUAAAUCCCUAGAUCAACAUUAGGUCCAUCGGUCAAUACAAUGAUCUUAAAGAUUUAAGUUGUAUGCUCUUUUUGUCACAAAAAACCCAGUUUUUUGAUGGAAAAAACACAAAAUAUGCAAUAUUUUCUCCGAAUAUUUUAUUUUUUUAUAUUUGAGAUUAUAUAAUAAUUGGAGCAUUAAAAAGGUCAAUAACUCAUAACACUAUUGAUUUUAAUUCAUUAUUAUUUUUUGAGAAAUGACACUUAAAAACAAAUCACACUAAAAUGAACGGGGGUCCAAAAGGGUCCUACUCAUUGAAUUGAAUUAUAUUUAUAUAGCGCUUUUCUCAAGUGACUCAAAGCGCUUUACAUAGUGAAACCCAAUAUCUAAGUUCCAUUUAAAGUAGUGUGGGUGGCACUGGGAGCAGGUGGGUAAAGUGUCUUGCCCAAGGACACAACGGCAGUGACUAGGAUGGCACAAGCGGGAAUCGAACCUGCAACCCUCAAGUUGCUGGCACGGCCACUCUACCAACUGAGCUAUGCCGUCAUCAAAGUAUUAAAAAAUAAAUUAUACAUUUGUUUUACUGUUUACUUUUAACACAAUAAUCACGAGAUCAACUUCAGAUCUAUCUGUCAAUUAUAGGUUUUAUUGUUGUUUAUGGGUUUUUUUUGUUCAUUUUAGGCCCUUCUUUAAAAAAACAGCUCAGUUUUUUAUACGGCAAACACAAAAUAUGCAACAUUUACCCCCAAAAAUAUAUAAAAGUGGAAAAUUUAAGGUGACGUAAUUGGAGCCCUGAAUAGGUCAAUAACUCAUAAUGACAUUGAUUUUGAUUCAUUAUUAUUUUUUGAGCAAUGACACUUAAAAACAAACCACACUAAAAUGAUUGGGGAUCCAAAAGGGUCCUACUCAUUAAAGUGUUAGAAAAUAAAUUAUACAUUUUUUUUACUGUUUACUUUUAACACAAUAAUCUCGAAAUCAACUUCAGAUCUAUCCCUCAAUUAUAAGUUUUAUUGAUGUUCAUGUUUUUUGUUCAUUUUAGGCCCUUCUUUAAAAAAAACAGCUCAGUUUUUUAUACGGCAAACACAAAAUAUGCAACAUUUUCCCCCAAAAAUAUGUAAAAGUGGAAAAUUUAACGUGACGUAAUCGGAGCCUUGAAUAUGUCAAUAAUAUAUAAUGACAUUGAUUUUGAUUCAUUAUUAUUUUUUAAAGAAAGAAACAGCCUGCAUGGCAGCUUUGUGUUAUUAGAGUCAACAUUGCAACAUUUUCUUGUUACAGUUCACCCGUUUGCUCUUUUAUAUUACUUUUUAUGUUUGAAAAAUGUUUCAGUCGUAUUUUUCAAAUGUGCCGUGGGGCCGUUACAAACUUUGGACACCCCUGCACUAACCACUAGGCCACCGGGCAGGUGAAGAAGAGCUAUUAGCAAUGUUAGCUUGCUUUUUCUGCAUAAGUUUUAGUUGGGGUGUGGUUUUAAAGGUGAUGUUUGGCGCCCUCUGAAGGGUCCCAGCAAGACCCUCAGUAUUAGCGUGUGUGUGAGAGCAGGUCAAACAUUUAUUUGGACUCCAGUUUGAGAUCAUGCGUGGACCUGAUGAGGGAAUUUCAACUGUUUUAUUGUUUAUUUGUAACUAAAAGUGUUUUGGCGCUUUUUAUCGUUGGCGAGCGGCUUCGGACUUCAACAUGUUUUAAUGUUCCAGCUGG